CGCGUUUUCUGUUAUUGAGGUCAUUCAAUGGGGACGACAGGAAGACAGGAGAACUUUAGAGUAGUCUGUUGUGCAACGCGUUUUCAACAUUAUACUUACCUUUAGCGCGUGAAUUAUUUUCCAUCAUGAACAGCACAGUAGGUAAUUGUUUUCUCAAUCGAAGCUGUGUCUGCCGGAGAAUCGUGAAAAUGGGUAGCAUGAGGUUCCUUGUACCACGAAAACAUCCAGAAGCUCUUUCUAGCAGGAAUGUCAUGACAGUUCAUUCAAGGAUAUCCUCAUUAAGCAACUUGAUAGCAUCCAAAUCUUGGAGUUCACAGUGGACUGAUUUCAAUAGGCAGCUGUCAAGCAGGUCUGGAACUACAAUGAAUAUAUUUGACCGGACAAUGAAAAGAAAACAGAAGAAAUGGGCAGCAUCACUACAAGAUGCUGAGAAAUACGACUACCUGAGAGAUGAGGUUGGCAGCAGAGUUGCGGAUAGGGUAUACGACAUUGCAAGAACAUUUCCCUUGGCUUUGGACAUUGGCUCUGGAAGGAGUCACAUAGCUGAACAUUUGAGCAAGGAAGUGGUUGAGUGUCUCUUUCUCACUGAAAUCUCAGAUAAUGCUUUGAGACAAACGAGAAAGAUUGAGAUCCCCACACACUGUUUCCAAGCAGAUGAGGAGUUUCUGCCAUUCAAAGAAAACACAUUUGACCUAGUGGUCAGCAGUUUGAGUCUACAUUGGAUCAAUGAUCUACCAGGAGCUUUGAGACAGAUCCACCAAGUCCUGAAGCCUGAUGGAGUGUUCAUCGGGGCCAUGGUGGGUGGGGAGACCCUCUACGAGCUGCGGUGCUCCCUGCAACUGGCUGAGCUGGAGAGGGAGGGGGGGUUCUCCCCACAUGUGUCCCCCUACACAGCCGUCACUGACCUGGGCAACCUGCUGGGCCAGGCAGGCUUCAACAUGCUCACUGUGGACAUUGAUGAUAUACAGGUUCUCUAUCCUGGAAUUCUUGAGGUCAUGAAGGACUUGCAAGGUAUGGGUGAGAGCAACUGUGCUUGGAACAGGAAGUCACUACUACACAGAGACACAAUUUUAGCCGCUGCAGCAAUUUACCAAGAGAUGUACGGAAAUGAGGACGGCUCCAUCCCUGCCACCUUUGAGAUUCUUUACAUGAUUGGCUGGAAACCUCAUGACUCACAGGCCAAACCACUAAAAAGAGGCUCUGCAAAUGUGUCUUUUGCGGACCUUUCGAAGAUUGGCCAGCCAGCUACCAAAGACAAAUCAUAGAGAAGGAUCAAUGGAGAGUGAAAUAUGUUUCUUGUUGUACUUGAACAUUAUGGUAAAAACAGAAUGAAAAAGAAAAGACGCCAGACAGAGUCAGAUCGCAGAGACCACCCAAACCAAAGUGUCUAAGUUGUGCAACCAAACGGUUUCAAUAUCUUUCACAAGUCCACUUAUUAACUAUUAGUUGAGACGUAUAUAUUUUUUGCUUUUGGUUGUCACCUCAGAACAUUAAAGACGAAUGCACCACUCACACCAGGAAUUUAAUACACAGAAUGAAGAUGGAAGGCUAAAUGUGCAACAAAGUCAUUUGUCUGGUGACAGGUUUUGGGAUGACUAACAUCAAGCUUAAAGGAUAGUUCUGUAAACAGCUGAAGUGGUAGCCUCUGUAAAUUCACAAAUAUAAAAAAAACUGGCAUUUAAAAAUAAAAUCGGUCUACU